AUGCCGCACGUUCGAAAGACUGAAUACAAAGUUCCUUCAAAAGAAUAUGAAUUACAAUAUGUUGAAGUGAUUCAAAGACAUCACAAAAGAACUCCUUAUGCUUCUAAUACAUUUUUCAAAGAAGAUAUCACUUGGGAUUGUACCCAAGAAGGUCCGUUUCAUCAUGCCAAAAAUGCGAACCCAAAACAUACUUCUCAAGUAGUAUGGCAGAGACAAACCGGAUCUCAAAACCCCUUCGAAAAAAAAGUAGGACCGGGAUUUGUCGGUUCAACAUGCGAAUUCCCCUCUAUCACUUCCGAAGGAAUCGAUGACGCUCUUGUUCACGGUGAAGAUAUCAGAGGUGUCUAUGGUGAUCUAUUGGGCUUCUUGCCUCUUUCAAAUGAGAAAGAAAAAUAUCAUUUCAGGGUUACCAGUAAUGUCAUCACAUCCCAAACUUUAGGUGGCUUCGGUAAAGGAUUAUUCCCCGAUCUCAAGGAGCACACAGGCUGGAUCCAAGAUGACUCUUACGAUUCUUUGAAACCUGCUCUUGCUUGUAAACUUCGCGAUACCAUUGGUACACAAAUUACCGAUAUCUCAUCUGAAUGGGGAAAUCACCUCAACUUGACUUCAGAAUUGAGAGAACGAUUCAAUAACGUCUCUGGAAUCGAACCUAAUGAUACUGCUGGCUGGUCAACAAGCUGGGAUCAUCCGUACGAUAAUAUGUCAGCUAAACAAUGUCAUGGUAAACCCCUUCCAUGUUCAACGAACAAUACAGCGAUAUGUGUUCAACAAGAAGAUGCAAAUACGAUUUACAGAUUGGGUAACUACGAAUAUGCUUAUCGAUGGAGAAUGGCGGAAAAUUCUACUUUGUACAGUGCGUUAACUAUGGGUCCGUGGUUUAUCGAAUUACAAGAUCAUAUGAAAGGGAAGAUGGACGGUAGUAAUCCUGUUAAAUAUGCUCAUAACUUCGGUCAUGAUGGUUCUGUGGCUCCUGUCCUCGGACUCUUACAACAUGACGAGCCUGUAUGGCCAGGUAUGGGAUCAGAAGUGGUAUUUGAAUUAUACAAGAAGUCAAAUGAGUAUUACGUCAGAGUGUUGUUCUCUGGUCAACCGCUGAAGACCUCAACUCCAUUGGAAACUCUAGAUAUGGUUCCUUACAACGAAUUCGAGGCUUAUCUCAAAGAUACCAUUCCUCAAGACCUCACUACAUUGUGUAAGUAG